UAAAGAUACUAGAAAAGAGAGACACGUGUCUAGGUAAUAAUUAAAAAUUAUCCCUCUAUUGAAGAAAGGGCAUACCGGACACACCGUACAUAUUGAAAUCAUAUCUAAAAAUGUACCGUGCGUUUUACUUUCUGCGCUUUUCAUAUCUUGGCUUUUUAUGCAAAACGGUUAGACCAGAGGCAACGUUCGGACACUUUGGCGUUAGAAUUGACGCCAAUCCUCCAAGCUCAUGUUCAGAGUUCCAAAACGUCAGAAAUACGCUUUAUUGUUUUUCAACUUGUUUGAUGAAUCUACCUUCUCUCAACAUGUUCAGUCAUGAUGACGUUGAUCUGCGGUGUGUGUGCUGUGAUGAAUCUCCUGGUAAUGGGAGUUCUAUGAGUGGUACACAGUGGAAAACAUACGUACCUGCCUUUUGUCCGUCUGGAUAUACCAAGCUUCAAUAUUAUGACUUGAAUCUCUGCCUGAAGUACGUACCGACGUUAACUAGGUACCCGGAUGCUGUUGUCAAUUGUGAAAAAGACGGAGGUGACCUAAUCAGAAUUGAUACGACAGCAAAGUAUGACAUCUUCAAAAAUGUUGCAGGAAUAUAUGCAGUCAAUGAAACUAUUCAUAUCUGGGUACAAGGGGUAAAAGAAAAUGGACAGUGGGAAUUUCAUGAUGGUUCACCGAUACCAGAUGUCUGUUCCCUGUCUCAAUCCAACAAAACUGAAGAAAUUCACAUGAGGAGCAUAAGUGAUAGAGAUUUUAAAUGUGUCGAUGCUGCAGCGGCUGUUCACUAUUGUUACAUGUGUGAAAAAAUCAAUUUCUAGUGAAGUUUGUUUAACAAGGAUUUUAUAAUUAGCC